AUGACCUCUGUGCUAGUUAUCGGUAGUGGAGGUCGCGAACAUGCCAUAGCUUGGCGACUUUCCAAAUCGAAGCUGAUCAAGAAAAUUUGGAUAGCGCCUGGGAACGGGGCAGACUUCCCAGCUCCAGAUAUCGACGAGACCAAUGCAGACGACGUGGUUGCUUUCUGUCACCUUGUAGACGUUACUCUAAUCAUAGUGGGCCCCGAAGGGCCUCUGGCAAAUGGCUUUGUGGAUAGGAUAGGUGGCAGAAUACCAGUUUUUGGCCCCGCAAAAGCUGGUGCUAUGUUGGAGGCCUCGAAGAUCUUCUCGAAAACUUUCAUGCGCGAUUUUGAUCUGCCUACUGCCAGAUUUGCACAAUUUGAUGAAAUCAAAGAUGCUGAGGCAUUCAUAGAAAAAUGCGACUGGGAAGGAAUCGUAGUGAAAGCUGAUGGAUUGGCAGCCGGAAAAGGGGUUGUGGUGGCUGAAAAUAGGGAAGAGGCAGUGGAGGCAGCAAAACAGAUGCUAAGGGGUCAGUUUGGUACGAGCAGCACCCGAAUAUUACUCGAAGAACGACUAGAGGGCUUCGAAGUGUCGGCACUUUGCUUCACCGAUGGAACCACGAUAGCUCGCAUGCCUUUGAUUCGUGACCACAAGAGACUUCUUGACGGGGAUAAAGGACCAAAUACAGGUGGAAUGGGCGUCAUUGGUCCGGUUAGUGUAGCAAGUACGGUAGAUCAGCAGAUCGAUAAAAUACUACAGGAUACGGUAGCUGCUCUGCGUAAAAAAGGGAUCAUAUACAAAGGAGUGAUCUACGCUGGAAUUAUGGUAACCGCCGAUGGUCCAAAAUUACUGGAAUACAACUGUAGAUUCGGUGAUCCAGAAACAGAGAUAAUCAUGCGACUACUCAAAUCUGACUUGUACUCUAUUUGCCUAUCCUGCACAAAUGGCACCCUUUCCGAGCAACGUAUUGAAUGGGACCAUCGUCAAGCAUGUGGAAUCGUUCUGGCAAGCAAGAAUUACCCCUAUAGUGGGGACAAAGGAACACCAGUAGAUAUUCCCGAGACCGAGGACGACACGGUCAUAUUCCAUGCAGGAACAACAAGAUCUUUGGAUGGCGAUGUGCUAACCAAUGGUGGCCGAAUCCUGUGUGUGACUUCGCUAGGCUCCACUAUGGCAGAAGCGCGCGAGAAAGCACUUAAAGCUUCGGAAGCUGUGAAAUUUGAAGGGAAAUUUUUUCGAACAGACAUCGGUAUUACAAGAAAUGACACGACAACUUCGCUUAGCUAUAGUGACUCUGGAGUAGACAUUGCUGAAGGAAAUGCUUUUGUCGAGGAUAUAAAGGGCCUUGUCACAUCUACUCUGCGUAAAGGAACUAGACAGAUCGGUGGAUUUGGUGCGGUAGUUGACUUGGUUGCAGCUGGCUAUGCAAACGGCUCUCAGCUGGUGAUUGGAAUUGACGGCGUUGGGACAAAAAUCGAGAUAGCCGACAUCAUGGGUGACUACUCCGGUAUUGGUCACGACGUUGUCGGAAUGUGUGUGAACGAUGUCCUCUGCCACUGUGCUGAGCCCCUGGCUUUUGUUGACUAUUUUGUCAGUGGACGACUAAAUCGAGCUCGUGCUCAUGAGGUGGUGGCCUCUAUUGCCGAAGCUUGCAUAGAGUCAGGAUGCAGUCUGGUUGGAGGUGAGACAGCUGAGAUGCCCGGCGUUUAUAGUCCAUCGCAGUGGGAUCUGGCAGGAUGUGUUGUUGCUGUUCGGGAACCAACUUGGCCGAUGUUGCCUAACUCGAAAAGCCUACAAGAGGGAGACUGCCUCAUUGGCAUCGCAUCCUCAGGUGUUCAUUCAAACGGCUUUUCAUUGGUCAGGAAGAUCUUCGAAAUGAAUGGAAUCUCAUACAAAGAAAAGACACCAUGGAAUACCGAAAAGAGCUUUGGACAGGAACUUCUCGCACCAACUCGACUCUAUGUUCGUUCUGUCCUUCCGCUACUCAAAGCUGGUCUAGUCAAGGGAUGUGCCCAUAUAACUGGAGGAGGAAUAGAGGAAAAUGCGAUUAGAGUAUUGUAUAGCAAAGGAGAUUUGGCGAUGGAGGUAGAUGCUAGUAGUUGGGAAAAACCAGAAAUAUUCAACUGGCUGUCAGCAAUGGGACCGGUCAAUGUUGAUGCAAUGCUGCGAACUUUCAACUGUGGAAUUGGAAUGAUACUGUUGGUAGCUGCUUGCCAUGCUGAAGAAAUUAUGGAACGUCUCGAACAAGCAAAAGAGCAUGCUUAUUGUAUUGGGAAGGUUGUAAAAAGGAUAGGAGAUUCGUUCAUUGCCUUUACAAACAUGGGCUGUGCCUUUGAUACAUCGAGAUAUACAAGAAUAUCUAGGCCUAAAGUAAAGGUCGGAAUAAUCAUCUCAGGAACAGGAAGCAAUAUGAAAAAACUAAUUGAGAGCUCGCAGCUGCCUGGAAGUUAUUGCGAGGUAGUAUUAGUAAUUUCCAACAAAUUCGGUGUGAAAGGCCUCGAGGUAGCUAGAGAAUUGGGAGUAGAAACGAUGUGCAUUCCACAUACAGAGAUCAGAGAAGAUGGAGACUCAAAGAUCAGUAAGGCCUUCAAAGCUAAGAACGUCCAACUUAUUUGUCUUGCUGGUUACAUGAGAUUACUUUCCGCCGAGUUCGUCCGAGAAUGGCAAAAUCGAAUCAUAAACAUUCAUCCUUCUCUUCUGCCCUCCUUUAGAGGAGCUCACGCUGUAAAAGAUGCGUUGGAGUUUGGUGCAAAGAUCACUGGAUGCUCUGUACACUUUGUAGAUGAAGAAGUUGAUCACGGUAAACUGAUAGCCCAGGCAGCAGUGAUGAUAGACGAAGAAGACAAUGAGAUGUCACUGCAUAGAAAAAUUCAAGAGAAAGAACAUCAGCUGUUUCCGGAAGCUAUGCAAAAAGUAGCUAAAGAUAUGUUAAAUUACAAAAUUGAACGGAACCCUCUCGCCAAAAAGAGCUGCUAAGGCAUCAUUUUGAUUUUUUUGCUCAUCUGAAGAAAUGUAGCAUAAAACCUAUUGGAAGUAAGUCUAUAUUAGCUUAUAUGACAUUGUAGUAGUACUAGCUCAGCAAUAGAACGCGUCCUUAGCAUAGAGUGAGAAUAGUUGUCGAGGGGCACUGGAGAUAUCUGUAUAAAUAAAGCUGAUUGUCU